AUGUCCGACAAUCAUCUACACGAGAAGAACUCAGUCGCAGACCUUGAGAAAGAUUCAGCGUCUAGUAGGGAUGGCAUCUCUGUCAUCAUCCCUGGAGACAAACAAGGAUGGCUCUCCCACCCGUUAGCAAGGUCUCUUCUCAGCUGGGGCGUGGAGGAACGAGGCACCGUUCCAGUACCUGAAGAGGAGCGGAUGGAUACGCAAUACUAUAAAAUUUUCUUCGUUUGGUUUUCAAUGAACUUCAACAUCCUCUCCUUCUCUGCCGGAACGCUCGGCCCAAUCGCCUUCGGACUUGGACUUCGGGAUUCUUGUCUUGUCAUCUUAUUUUUUAAUAUCCUUGCAUGCGCGUUACCUGCAUAUUUAAAUACUUGGGGUCCUCGAACCGGCAUGCGUCAAAUGAUUCAAUCUAGAUAUGCCUUUGGCUAUUUUGGUGUUAUUAUACCUGCUAUCCUCAAUUUGAUCGGCCUGUGUGGCUUCAAUAUCCUUAAUGGUAUACUCGGUGGACAGGCACUAGCUAGCGUGUCUAGUAAUAUGAGUUGGGAUGUCGGCAUCGUGAUUAUCUUCAUCAUUGCCCUCCUCAUUUCCUUUAUGGGCUACAGAGUACUCAACUGGUACGAACGUGUUGCAUGGUUCCCAGUUCUUAUCGCAUUCUUGGUUGCACUCGGCGUGGGUGGCAAGAACUUGUACAACGUUCAACCAGCGGCUCCUGCAACCCCUGUUACCAUUCUUAGCUUCGCAUCGGUUAUUGCUGGUUUCGUUAUCACCUACUCGGCAAUGGCAUCCGAUUUUACGAUGUACUUCUCGCCCACCGUUUCUCGGUCCAGGAUCUUUUGGUAUGCAUAUCUGGGGUACAUCGUGCCUAUCGUCCUUCUACAGUGCCUUGGGGCUGCAGCAGUCCUUGCUGCACCAAACGUUCCUAGCUGGAACGAAGGUUACGGAACAGACGGCAACGUCGGCGGCCUUUUAGAGGCAAUGCUCAGUCCGGUCGGUAACUUUGGGAAGUUCCUCACCGUUCUUCUCAGCUUGAGCGUCACCGGCAACAUCGCGUGCACGCUUUACUCUAUGUGUUUCAAUUUCCAAGUGAUGGUUCCAGCCAUGUCAAGAGUCCCAAGAUACGUCUUUUCGAUCGUUGGCACUGUAGUUGCAUUGCCUUUAUCGAUCGUGGGCGCCCAUAAAUUUUAUACGACAUUGACCGAUUUCCUUUCGCUCAUUGGUUACUGGGCAAGUGCGUACGGCGCCGUCCUCCUUGUCGAACACCACUACUUCCGCAAAGGUGACUUCAGCACCUAUGACCAUUCCAUAUGGAACGUUCCGGGACGCCUGCCCUGGGGCGCGGCUGCCAUCUCAGCUUGCAUACUGUCUUUUGCCCUAAUUAUACCCUCUAUGAACCAGGUAUGGUACCAGGGUCCCAUCGGCUUCACCUCGGGCGAUAUCGGGUUCGAGGUUGCAUUUCCUCUUGCAGGCCUACUGUACUUCCCCCUUCGAAAACUAGAACUCAAAUACCAGAGUAUCGAAUAUUAA